CUCCUUUGUGAGCCAUCCUCCCCCCCCCACCUCAGAGUCUCUUUUUGCGCGGAUGGGGGUUGCAAAGAGAAAAUGGGGUUGCUCCCCCCGCCCCAUUUAUCAACAGCCUCCUUUUUAUUCCUGGGCUUUAUUUUUAUUUUAUGAAGGGAAGGGGCAUGUAGAGGAAUCGAAAGAGACCCUCCCGCCCCACAGCCGCCUCAGAUAACUGUGUUUCUUCAAGGGGGGAGAGAGAAGAUGGUCAACCCUCUGGCCCUCCCCACGAGGAGGGGAAAUAGGUCAAACUGCAGUAACGUUGUGACUCUGCUGUGUGAUUACUGGGCCGUUCCUCUGCCUGGGCCAAUGCUAGAUCUGGAAGUGGUUCCCGAGCGAUCUCUUGGGAAUGAACAAUGGGAAUUCACCUUGGGAAUGCCAUUGGCUCAGGCUGUAGCAAUUCUUCAGAAACACUGUCGUAUCAUAAAAAAUGUCCAGGUUCUCUACAGUGAACAGUCUCCUCUUAGCCAUGACCUCAUCCUUAACCUGACUCAGGACGGAAUCAAACUGCUGUUUGAUGCUUUCAAUCAAAGACUCAAGGUGAUUGAAGUUUAUGACUUGACUAAAGUGAAGUUAAAAUAUUGUGGUGUCCAUUUUAACUCUCAGGCUAUUGCUCCAACCAUAGAACAAAUUGAUCAGUCUUUUGGAGCAACACAUCCAGGAGUGUACAACUCUGCUGAACAACUUUUCCACCUCAACUUCAGAGGACUGUCUUUUUCCUUUCAAUUGGACUCAUGGACUGAAACUCCAAAGUAUGAGCCAAACUUUGCCCAUGGCCUAGCUUCCCUGCAAAUUCCCCAUGGUGCAACUGUGAAACGUAUGUACAUCUAUAGUGGAAACAGUCUGCAAGAUACCAAGGCUCCUAUGAUGCCCCUCAGCUGUUUCCUUGGAAAUGUGUAUGCAGAGAAUGUUGAUGUUCUGAGAGAUGGAGCUGGGCCCUCAGGUUUACGGCUUCGCUUACUCACUGCAGGUUGCGGCCCUGGUGUAUUAGCUGAUGCCAAGAUGCGGGUAUUUGAGCGCUGUGUUUAUUUUGGUGAUUCGUGCCAAGAUGUUCUGAGCACUUUGGGGUCUCCUCACAAAGUUUUCUACAAGUCAGAAGAUAAGAUGAAAAUUCAUUCACCCUCGCCUCACAAGCAGGUUCCUUCAAAGUGCAAUGACUACUUCUUCAACUACUUCACACUUGGAGUGGAUAUCCUUUUUGAUGCAAAUACUCACAAAGUGAAGAAAUUUGUUCUACAUACUAAUUACCCUGGUCAUUACAACUUCAAUAUUUACCAUCGUUGUGAAUUCAAGAUUCCACUAGCCAUUAAACGAGAUAGCACCGAUUCACAGACAGAAACCUGCACAACCUAUAGCAAGUGGGACAAUAUUCAGGACCUUCUUGGACAUCCUGUAGAGAAGCCAGUGGUACUUCACAGAUCAUCCUCUCCAAACAACACAAAUCCAUUUGGGUCAACGUUUUGCUUUGGACUGCAGCGAAUGAUCUUUGAGGUGAUGCAGAAUAAUCACAUAGCUUCUGUUACUCUCUAUGGCCCAGCAAGACCCAGCAGCCAGUUGAAAAUGUCAGAUCUUCCCCAGUGAGCGAUAUCAGCUAAUCAAAAUGCUACAAAAUUAGUACAGCGUGCCUUGAUUUGCUGCCACUUAUAAUAUGGAAAAGCACGGUAUGAUGGACUUGUGUGUGUGUGUGUGUGUGUGUUCAAAAACUGUCUUUUGCCAUCUGUGCAUGGAGCAGAAUGGGAAAUCCUCUUGACUGUUCAUCACAGGGCAUGGAAAUGAGCAAUUAGGUGCCUGUCGCCGUUGAUUUUUCUCCUCUCGGUUGUUUACCAUGUGGAUGUAAACAGACUGGUCUAUCUUUCCUGAGCUGGAAAAAGGAUGAGCUUUAAACGAGAGGGCACACAAAUGACUGCACGAUUAGAAGCACAAACUUUCUGAGCCUUGGAGCAUCUGGAAACAGGUAUUGGAUAUAUUUUUUCCAGUCUGUGUUUGUGUUAACUGUAAUGGUAGUCAUGUUUUUUAAAGGACAACAAUGUAUGUGUGGGUGUGUAUAUACACACAUAGACACACCCCUUAUAUAUAGGUGUAUAUAUAAAAUAAAGUACAUGGGUAUUUCUGUGGCUAAGACAUCGUACCAAAUGUGACAAGUAUGUAUAUACGUGUCCAUAAUUUCAGACAUCACAUGUUUGUCUGAUGUUGAAACAAGUGCAAAGCAGCAUGUGCAUAAGACUUGGUUGUAACAUUUUUGCACUACAUACACUUUAAUUACUUGAUAAUACAUUUUAAUAUUCACUGAGGAGCAUCUGUGUACUGGGUGUGAGUGGGGGUACGAUGGUUUAUUUAAUUGUUUGCCACGCAUAAAGCUUAUUUAUACAGUGGGGAAGAAUCCCACCUUUUCUGCACUAAUAUUUACUUGACAUGCUGAAGCGACUUAUUUUCUGCCAUGCCUGGUUAACUAAUGUGUUUUUUAUAUAUACCGUAUCCAGAAGGAGGGGGGGGGGAGUCAAGGAGAUUAUUCCUCUGAAUUAUGUCUUUCUUAAGGGUUUUGAUACCAUUUUUGCUUGUGCAUAAAACGGGGGGAAGUAUUCGGUCCUUUAAGAGAAAACACAGUUAUCUCAUCUUGCAAUUGUGUGACAAGUAUCAGUUUAGGAUUUCUUACUUCCUUUUCCUCGUCCUGUAGAGUAGGGGUAGGAGAAGAACUGGGGUGCAGUACUGAGAACUGCUCCCACCCAAGUCUCAUCAAAAUGAAAUUAAAGUUGUGCAGCCUUAAUGCAAGAGAAGUUUCCCAAGAGGCUUCCAUGGGACACAAUCCUGGCAGAUUGCGCUCUGGGUGAUUACGUACAUAGCACAUUGGAGAGGGGAGGAAUUGCCUCUCUUUCCACCCCUCCCAGCUCUCUCUCAUCUUCUUUUUAAAUUUAAUGCCAAAAUGUUAGCCAAAGAGAUCCUUAAUCUUGAUUCAGCAUUUCUGUACAUACAUAAUUCUGCACACUCUGCCCCUCCACCCCCAGCAGACAGGAUUUCAGCGGCUUCCAGUUAGAAACUCUGCAGUCAUUAUCUCAAGUGGAACUGGGGUUUGCAGCUCUCUUACCAGUCUUAUUGUGGGGAAAGUAGAUAGUCUCUGUCUGUCUCGGUCAUCUUUGAAAUAUUGACCCUUUUUAAAAUGAGAGAGAAAGAGAGAGAAAAGAGAAAUGUAUAAUUUUAUCCCAUUUUUAAUAUUUUGGUGUAGCAACUUGUGAUAUAUAGACGAUUUUUUGUGGGUUUUGCAAAUGCGUGUACAGAUUUUGUAAAUACGAAACCUUUUGUAAUUUUAAUGCCAUGUACAGUGUAAUCCUGUAUAGUUUACCAACGAAUGGGAAAUAGGGAAUUUUAGGAUGUUUAACUAAACGUUUUGGAUCCUGGACCAGUAGCAGGGAUAAGUGUGUGCGUGCGUGUUGCGUGUAUUUGUGAGUAUGUGUGAUCUCAUUUUUGCCAUUUAGUCUUCCUGUAUACUGUGACAUUCUAUACUGUUUUACUUAAAAAGAAAUAAAGGAAGCCCCACUGAGAAUUUAAUGGAUAACAGGAAAACAGAUUUUUGUUUUACCUUUAUUUCUAGAUGUUGCUCUUCUUCAUAAUGUACUGUUCCCUGCCCCCCAUGAUCAUUGCUUGCUGAGAAAAUUCCCCAAUUCUCUUUCCUUUCUAACAUGAAUUCUGUUUUUCAUAAGCCUCUUGUAAAUUAUAUGAAAUGAAUAACUAGCAUGUACAUUGAAAGGACAAAUAAAAGGAGUCUCAGUUACUGUGUUGUUUAAAUGCAGUUGCUGAGUGUCUGUAUUUUGCAAUUAAUGAUGAGUCUUUGAUUUGUUUCGUACCAUGGAUCUUAUGUUUAUUAAUUGAAUUUUGUGUCCUCAUCCAAGAAACUCAUGAUUCCUCCUUGGAAUAGCCUGCUGAAAGAUAGUGAUAGGCCCAAGGUCACCCUGCAAGCCCUUUGUGAAUAAGUGGGGUGUUUGAAUCUGAGUUUCCCCAGUUGUAAAAUAACACUGCAAUCACCACACCCCACUAAACAGCAUCCGGGAGUCAGGGCACUGCAGUUGACCUGGCAGUAUUGCAGAGUGGCAUCUACCUUAAUAUUUGUAGGGCAUUUGAAGGAAGGAGAAACUAUAAAAGGUCUGCUGGAUGGAGCCUACCAGCGGCUCAAUGAACUACUGUACCUGUGUUCACUGGAAAAAUUGAUCGGUGGCUGCGUUCAUUUUGGUGAGCCCCAUCUUCCCCUGAAUCGGUUUUAUUGGAACAUUUCUUACCCCAGCACAUUACAUUUGCUGAGGUUUAAAAGAUAAAUACACCAAAUACAGGGAUUUGGCUGGAAUUUGGGGGUCUUUUGUCCAAAAAACUUUUAAAAUGUGAACUGAGGUGGUACUACUGCACUGAAAGACUGAAAGAUGCUGCAUUAUCUGACUAAAAGAUGGGGACAUGGCUUACUACCAUGCAGGAUGAGAGGUUGUAGGUCAACUUCUGUGUAUUUUCUGCAGUGACAAGGGCUCCUGGUGUAGAUACUAACCCCAUUUUUUUAUUGAAUGUUAAAUUGUAAUGCUGUAGAUAUGAAAAGUAUAUAGCAAUCCAUAAAUGUAAACAACAGAAAUCUGCCUUAUACAGAGUCAGACCAUUGGACCAUCUAGCUCAGUAUUGUUUACACUGGCUGGCAGUGGCCCUCUAGGGUUUUGGACAGAGGUCUCCCCCAGGUUUACCUAGAGAUUCUGGGGACUGAACCUAGGACCUUCUGCAUGCAAAGCAGAUGCUCUCCCACUCAUCUGUGACUUUCUCCCUAACAAUCUGAGUUCCCUAAUCAGUCAGUAUUGUCCCUUAAGGAUUUCCACAGCAUCUUACUUACAGACAAAGCUAACCUCUUCAAGAAAUCUAAUCUACCGUAAUAAUCUUUUAAUCCCUACCAAUUGCUUGGCAGGCUCUUCAGGUGUGCCACUUCAGUAGGAGUGAAAAAUAAAUAUUUGGAUGGAGAACAUUGCAAAAUUCUCAGUGAAAGGAUAUAAGUCUGCUUGUGGACAUAGUUCAAGAAUGAAAAUGCAAAACAAACCCCAGCCUGAUUAAGAGCAGUUGUCAGUCAUUUCUCAUACUUCAUAAUAGUGUUUUAAUAACAUAGGAACAAUGUGAAAAUAUGCCAUAUAUUAAUUCAGGCCAUCUGUCCACCAGGCUCAGUAUAGUCUACAGAGAUUGGCGGUAACUCUCCAGGGUUUCAGGCAGGGAACAUUCCCAACCCUACCUGGAGAUGCUGAGGAUUGAAUGGCACUUUCUGCAUGCAAAGCAGAUGUUCUAGGAUGGAGUCUUCCACAAUUCAAGCAGCCAUCUUUCAAAGUAACGGGAGCUGUGCCUUUGGCAUGCAUAUGCAACAGUGCAAUGGCGUACGUCAACAGCAACUUACUUGCUUUCACCACAGUCACUCAAUGUGUUAGCAAGUUGGACGGGAUUACAGAGGCUCAUGAACAAAAAUUGUAUGUGGCGUGAACUGCAGAGAGGAGCAAUGCCCCUACAGAUCCUAUUUACUUCCUCAUGUAGGCUACCCCCCCCCUUCAGCUGGUCCGGUCCUGUGGGGUAGUGGGGUAAGCUGGUCCAGUUCCCUUGCUGUUGUUUGUUCUCUUUCCCUCCCUGCUGCCCUGCUCUUGCCAUCAGCCUUGCUGAGUAUCGCUUAUUCCAGGAACAAUUUCCCCCCUAAUUUGAAACAGAUUUUUCUCUGCAGUGAAAUAAUCAAGCUGUGAUCAGAUUUUCAAUUGCUGGUGCUAGCCUCUCUUCCUGAAUAAAACCUUUGUUCUAUAUUCAGUAUUGAUAGGGUCACGGUGGGGAUUUAUCACUUUCAAACAAUGAUUUGAAAGAUGGUUGUGGGUUUUUUCUUUCGCUAAGUGCUUAUGGCAAUGAAUAUAUUAGGAUUCCUCACUGAGUUCAAAUAGAAACCAGAGAAGAAAUCAAAUGGGUCUGCAACAAAAUGCUGCAGUGAG